AUGACAGCUCCUGUACGAAAUAGGCACUCCGUAUUCACCUCCGUGCAACUACACCACGAGCAAGUUCUUCUGGAGGAGGACAAGGCUAUCCAAAGUCACCACAUCCCGCUGUUGAUUCCAUUUGUGGAAACGCUCCCAAAAAGCCUUCACCGUGCCGUAUUUCCUGGCCUCAACCAUGACACGACAUUCGAAUUUGCCGACCCAACAUGCUGGCCACUGGCAACCACCACAACUGAAUCCAGCGAGCCCCCAAACCCGCGUUCCCAGAAACAAGCACCCAGUGGACUGGUAUCCUUCCCGCCUUCACUGCACCCAUCUUUUUCACUCCAACGCAAGGGUGACGGCUCGCGAAUCGGGUGUCGCAGCGCCCAUGAGCUCUUGACAAUUCCAGACAUUGACGUGUCAUUGAAAAGCUCUUUUCGGCCACCCAUUUUCCUCGCUUCCACCCUGUGCUCUGUGCUCUGUCAGAUCAGCAUGAGCACGCAACCUGCAACGACGACUCUUCGUGUCCUCCUCUCCCCUCUUGUAUUCGGCUGCCUGCCUUUGUCCUGGGCGCCACAGGCAACUGCCGUGCAACAGAUAGUUGCCUUUUCCGGGACGGAACUUUCCAUCUAUGACCUUCAGGAGCCAGGCAGCUUCCUUGAGGAUUUUCUCGUGCAAGUUACCUGCCGGCCUUGCCGGAUCUUGGCCGCCUUGGUCAAGCAAGCCUUGACUUCACCGCCGCUUCACCGAGCCAAGAUGAACUCCCCCCUCGCGGGUUGGCACUUCCCGUCUAUCACGGGAAACCACAGACCCCGUUCAGUACAGAAUGUGUCGUCCCUCUCCGUCUAUGAAACGGACGAUGCGGCCUGGGGCUCAAAUCAUGGCCCGGACGGUACCGACCUAGCUCGGUCCGGAAAGCGACAGUCGGCAUUAUGGCUGAGCAACCUGCUGCUUGGCCUUGCAGGGACAACGACGGACGUACAGGCGGACGCUUUCUUCAGGCUUCCCCUCAUAACCCGUUGCCCUCGUCUCGUCUAUAUCAACAGCCAGUACACAUGCAACGAUGCAUUUUUCAUGGAUUCACGUUAUACUUGA